AUUCCUUUCAUUGAUAAAACAAAAUGCGCCUGCGCAGGAUUAUCUGGAAACUUAUUUUAAUUAUAGCCGCGUUUUUGAUUGCCUUGGUGAUAGUUUUAAACAACACGGAAAAUACAACAAAUUCUGAUGAAUUUUUAACAAUAUUGCGAAACACAAAAGAAGAUGAUGUCGUUGUUACGCCAGGUGAACCACCACCGAAGAUGCAUUUAUUGGAUGAAAGAAAACCUAAACCAGCUAAGGCACAGGAACGGCAGCUUUUAAAUUUAACAAAUUUCGAGUAUAUGGUGGACAACUAUUCAUGUGAAAAUUAUAAAAAGGAAUUAAUGGCCAUAAUAAUUGUAACCUCCUAUGUGGGCCACGAUGAACUGCGAUCGGCGCAUAGAAAUGCAAUAUCCCAAGCCAAACUGAGUGAAAUGGGAAUGCAGCGAGUUUUCCUAUUGGCCACCAUAUCACGGAGAGAGCAUUUUAUAACACAAUCGCAAAUAUUUAACGAGCAACAGCGUUUUGGCGAUUUGUUACAAGGCAAUUUUUUGGAGGCCUAUCGAAAUCUUUCCUACAAACACAUUAUGGGCCUCGAAUGGGCAGCACGAAGGUGUUCCAAAGCAAAGUUCAUUAUAAAAAUCGACGAUGACAUCGUCUAUGAUGUUUUUCAUCUUAAGCGUUAUUUGGAAUCUUUGGAAUUGGAAAAUCAUGAGUUGACCACCUCCAAUGCUCUACUAGCCGGUUACAUUUUGGACGAAAAACCCGUCAUACGAAAUGAGCAGAAUAAAUGGUAUGUCAGUCCAGAGGAGUACAAUUUCAAUGUGUAUCCCUCAUAUCUUUCGGGUUGGCUUUAUGUGACAAAUCCCAAAACCGCUUUACGUUUGGUCGAUCAGGCCUAUAACACGCCAAUAUUUUGGAUCGAUGAUACUUGGGUGACUGGUAUAUUGCGAGAGCCCUUGCAUAUACCCUUGCAGCGUUUAAAUUCCUGGUUUUCAGCCAAUCCUGAUUUUCUGCAGUGUUGCGUGCGUGAUUUGAAGAAGGCCAAUGCCAUGGAAUGUGAAUUUUAUGUUGGACCCAAUGGGGGCGAAGCCAAGCUUUUAAUUGAAUUUCUGCAUAAUGUUGAGAAAUGUUACUACGAUGAAUGUCUGAAGCGACCAAAAGAACAGAGCAUCAAGAAUACAUGCGUGGGUGCAGUUAAACGGAUUUUACCAGAUCAUGGCAAUGCAGAAAUCAAAAUGGUUUCUCUGGGUAGAUGAUAGAAAUUUGGACAGCUGGUCUGCAAUGUUGGUGAAGGUGGCCCGAUAUAAUACUAAUCGUAUAUCGUAGUAGUAGUAAUAAGUAUUUUCUUUUUAGAUUACUACAUAAAUUUUUUAAGAGUAUUUUUAAAGGAGUUUUAAAUACAAAAACAAAAGAAUA